AAGUCUGACGUUAACAUCAAACAUUCGUUCUGCUUUCUUUCGCGGAACCAUGGCUCAAAGUUGUUUCAGAACUAUGGACAGGGGCAGCAUCUCCGCUGGCGCACAGACCACCUCCAUCCCUGUCGCGCACCAGCUAAACCGCUCAACCAACGAUGCUUCCCAGUUUCGUGGGAACAUGGACGGACAGUGCGCUGGGUCCUCUAAAGUCUUACUGGCUUAUAAAAACGCGUCGCAGCACCUGAGUUCAUCUGGAAUAAAGGCAGGCUUGGGGAUACUUAAAGUGGCCACGUCUCAGUGGAAACAGGAGAAGAAGACGCGUUCAGGAUCAGCCAUAAGGCAACUGUCCUCUCCCAACAUCAGCCAUCCCUGCAAGAGAUCCCCGCUGGAUCAGCUGGCAGCUCUGGUUCUUCACGGUCAAACCCGGCAGCGACAGAUUGGCCAAGAACGACAAGACCCGCUUUGCUCCACCAAGCCGCAGAACUGUAAGCGCAUCGUGGUUCUUGGUGCGCCGCGGGUCGGAAAAACGUCCAUCCUGAGAAGAUACCUUCGGGACGGAUUUGUGGAGGACUACAACCCCACCUCCGAGGAUUUCCUCAGGAAGCUCUUUCGUAUCCGCGGAGAAACCUACCAAAUCGACAUUCUUGACGCGUCCAGAGAGAGGGAUUUCCCAGCCAAACGGCGGCUGUCCAUCCUCACUGGAGACAUUUUUCUUCUAGUGUUCAGUCUUGAUGACCGGAGUUCUUUCGAAGAGGUGUGCGACCUGCGAUCGGAGAUUCUGGCUGCUAAAUCUAAGCUCGCAAAAUCGUCUGUUCCUGAUCAGUGCGCACAGCCGGAGGUUCCCCUGGUGGUCUGCGCCAACAAGGUGGAUCUCCUGGAGUCCGAGAGGGGAAUAUCCAGAGCAGAGGUGCUCACAGUUCUCGGUGACGACUGUGCCUAUUUUGAAACGUCUGCAAAGGACAGUACAAAUCUGGAGAAAGUCUUCGAGACUUUGGCAAAGAGAGGGGGACUUCCGACGGAAACUGGCCCGUCUCAGCACCGGAAAGUUUCGCUCCGCUCGUACCAGGCGAUGCGCACAGGCCGUGUGUCCGGGGAAAGAGGGAACCAGAAUCUGGGGCGCAACGAUGCGUGCGGCAUGCUGUACCCACUGGCCCGGCGGCCGAGUUUCAGCACGGAUCUCCGACAAGUUAUUGGGCCUCAUACGGAGAGAAAGUCCGGCAAAGCACUGGAAAAAUGUCAAAUUCAGUGAAAGACAAUGAAAGUAUGACGAGAAGGGCUGCAGGGCGAAUGAACAAUGAAUAGAAAAAGAUUUUAUUCAAACGCUUUGCAUCAUGCUUGUCUAAUAACUAUAUGCACUUGAGAUGUCAAAAUAAAAAUAUUUUUAAUAGCA